AUGUGCACUCGAGUCAGAAUUAUCGGGCUCUGCGGACACGAGCUCUACAAUCGGGGUCGCUACGAACCCAAGGAACCGUCCCGAUGCGCAUACGCGACGCUACUAAGCAUCCGGAACGGCAAGACGGCCGCGCUCGCGGCGCGAUGCAAGCCCUAUAACGAGGUCAAGGAGCGCCCCAAAGCUGUCUGCUGGUUAGAGAAGUGCUGGAUCGACUACAUGCUCCAACAGACGGACGUGGGCUGGUUGUGCUGCAAGUGUUCUACGCAUAUGAAGGAGAAAGGGUGCAAGAAGUGCACCGAGGAGGCCUGUCAGCAUCCGGCUUGCCCUAAGUGUGGGCUACAGCCUAAAAGCGGCCACUAA